GAAAUUAUGAAACGAGGGCAUCGAAUGAUUAAGGAGCAAGCGGAGAAGAAUUGACCCCAGAGAGACAGAGAUAGAUAAUAAUACCUCCGAGCUAGAGGCUGCCUAGUUGACGGAGCACAGACCAGCGACAGCCUCUCCCCCGCAGCCUUCGCACACGCCUUCAUCUCCGAUCUCUCCUCUUUUUCCCCAGGCCGCCGCAAGAUAUGAGAACGAGCGGCGGAGCAGAAGGCCGCCGCAAGACGGCAAAAGGUUUCGAGGCGGGGUCAAACGACGGCUUGAUUAUAUCCGACACGGGUAAGGGGUCCCGUGUUUCUCUGACAGCUGGGCCCCGCGUUACUCUUGCCUCCAGGCCUUCCGGGAGUUUGGCGACCCGUCUCGGGCUCUUGUGGGGGCUAGGGUUUAGGCACUAAGCGGCGGCCGGCGGCGGCGGGGAGGAUGGCGGAGGCGGUCGUGAGGUGCCUCCGGGACGGACGGCUCGACGGCGAGCACGCGCCGGCACUGGCUGUGGAGGGAUCACUCAAGUGCUGCCCGCUCGCGGCGGGUGCGAUGCUCCACAUCGCGGCCGCAUUCGCCUCCCAGGUCGCCGCAGGGAAGGCGCAGGCCAGGUUUUGUUAUUCUCUUCGCCUCCUGGGGACUGGUGGUUGUGGCGUUUGAUCGGAGCCCACAGGUGUACCUGGAAUUCAUGCGCCGCCGCAACCUUGACGCAAAUGCUUUGGACCGAUGUGUUAGAAUAUUGGAUUGCUACUCUGACCCACUUGGAUGGAAGCAGAAGAUUCAAAAUCAGCAGCAUCAAGGGAACAGUGCAAAGCAGUUCUCAACAAAUAAAGAUAAUAUUACUGUUUAUAGAAGUGUGAAGGAUGUUACAAAAUUGAUGUCCUCCACUACUGAACUUGGAGGAGGUUUUGAAGGAGAAGGCAAAACAUAUUUUUCUGUGGCUGUUGACUCAAUUAGCUCCAUGUUAAGGCAUGCUUCAGUGUCAUCAAUUUCAGGCCUUCUUAGUAACCUUCGAAGCCAUGAACAAGUAUCAUCAAUCUUUUGGAUGAUACAUUCAGACCUCCAUGAGCCCAAGGUACCCCGAGCAUUUGAAUGUCUUUCUACUAUGGUUGCUUGUGUGGAGCCAGCACUUGUGGAUCCUGUUUGUGGAGAGAGUCCGGGAAACAUGUCUAUCCUUGAGCAAAAUUAUUCAAAAGCAAAAUUUAUUGUUCGCCUUAAACGACGAAAUGGACGGGUGAAGCACCUUUACGAGAACCUGUAUAUUGAGGGGAAUGAUAUCAAAUUUGAUUCGGCUCCUUCUGUAAGUAUAGAAGUGAACCAAAGUCUAGUGCCUAAGGUUCAGUUCAAUCUUGAGCUGUCAGAGAAGGAGCGUAGCGACAGGGCAAAUGUUGUUCUUCCUUUCGAACAUCAAGGAAAUGGCCAACCAAUUCAUAUAUAUGAUGGUCGCCGGUCCCUACCUGAGGCUCAACGUGACCCCAAUUUAACUGCACCGCCCCUUGUGGAUGAAGUAAAAAAUCCCAAAUCUGGAACUGCAAAGGGUGAAAUACAUUACUUCCGUGAUUCAGAUGACGAGCAACCUGACUCGGAUGAAGAUCCAGAUGAUGAUUUGGACAUAUAAGAGUGUAGGUGCUCUUUACUUCAGUAGGUGGCAUGUGCACAUGAAUUUUAAGGUAUAGGUUGAGAACUGCUAUCUUUUGUAGGUUAAUCCUUUUUUAGCGCUCCCAUGCUUUACCUUGUCAAUCGUAGUUGCAAAAAAACUUGAAGCGCUAAAAUUAAUGACUUGUAUUACUUAUUUUAGAGUAUAUUUGCACAAAACAACCUUGCUAGAAUCUUGAUAAAACCCAAAGAAUUUGGUGUUUAUAUCUGUUUAAUUACAUGGAAUGUUUGCCUU